AUUUUAUAAAUCUAUUUAUGGUAAGACAUUCCUUAGUAAUAAUACAUGUUUAUUAAAUGUAACAAGUUGUGGACUGUUGGUAAAAUUCUGUAUCUUUGGCAUGAAUAACAAUGCGAGUUGCAAAAACACAUGGCAUCACUGAAUAAUGUGUUUUUUGUGUAUAAUUUAUUGAAUUCAUGCAGUUUUAUUAGGCUACCAACAUUGCAGCAUUACAUUUGAACUAAUGUAGCCUACACUAAUUUAUAGGGAUGAUGUUUGGAUUAAGGAAUAUGAUAAUGCCAUAUAACUAUCUAUUCAUAAUAAAUAAUCUAAUUUCAACUGGGGACUUAAAGUUCUCAAACAAUAUGAGAAGAAGGGAUGGUGAAGAAUAGUGUGAUUCAUUGCAAACACACCAACCCAUUACAGACUAUCAAGACACAGAACCAUGUUGAUUGGGUGUUUUAUAGUAGUAAUAGCACCAGAUAAUUACAUGGCAAGUAGAAUAGAGGAAACAUUAAAUAUGGUGUGUAGGCCUAUAGCAGCCAGAUAGACGCUAAAGAGGUUACUUUUGCUACAUUGUAUUGUAUUCAUUUUCUUUUGAAAAUACAUCAACUCUGUCCCAAAUGGCCUAUUCCCUAUAAAUUAGUGCACUGGGCCUUGAUCAAAAUAAGUGAUCACAGAGCAGGCCUUAAAGCCUAAUCUUGUUGAUGUGUGCUCCGUCACAAUGGGCUAGUUCCAUGCCGCAAACAUUUUAUGGAUCUUCAUCCAGGAUUUCACUGCUACAGUCCUCUGAAAGGCAUUGGGUCUGCUGCUAUUGGUUCCCGAUGUGAAGUUUCCCUAGGUACAGCUCUAGGAUCAGCUUCCCCUCCCUCAAUCCUAACCUUAACCUUUCGUGUGAAAAAGACCUCAAUAGAAGACCCCUUUUAAUGUGCUUAAUUUUUCAAAACAAUAAUAAACACCAUAACAUUUGAUAUAUCCCGAGGAAUCACAUUGUUUCAUAAUCCUAAAGAUGUUAUGAAUGUAGAAAUGUGACUAAUCACAUAAAGUGAGACUGAGCAAUUCUGACUCGUCAACUGGGGUGAAUUUCAGUCAAAUAAGUGACAACAUUUUUUAGGCUGUUUGUGAACAGUCACAUUGAAGUCAUCUUAUCCUUGAUGCAGGUGCUUCUCAAGAAACUGAUAGGGAGUGACUACAGGCUACUAUUUCAAAAUGCUUAUCUGAUGUAGAGAUACAAAUUCAAGGUGCAGUGUUUGUCUUCUCUGUGAAACACAAUCAACCUGAUCAAUUUCACAUAGAAAUGUUUAGUUAUAGAUCUGUCGUUCUCAUUGAAAGCAAGUCUAAGAAGAGGUAGAUCUGUUCUAUGUGCGUUAUUUAUAUGCUUCCUGUUCUUAAGUUUAGUUGUUGCGUCUUUUACUUUACCUUUAAGUGACCUUUGCUUUUUAAAAAGAGUGGAAUAUCCACUCUACUUUAAGGUAUUUUUAUCAGGCUUUGUUAAUGGACACAUAUGGGGAAAUAGAAAUGAGGGAGACACAGGAGGAAGGGUGGAGACAGGAAAUGAACCCCGUUUUCCAGUGGGGAGCCAUGUGCUUGAUGCCGGGUUCUGAAAAAAAGCAUUGUUCACUAAAAUGAAAGCAUUGUUCACUAAAAUGGUCUGUUUCCGCCCUGUUGGGGCAGGUCUAUUGGUUACACAGUAAUGUCUGGAAAAGUUUCAUAAUGAUGAUGUAGAUCCUGCUAAGAUUGUGCUGGUCUGGGCAAUGAGUGGUGAGUUUGUAUAAUGGCAAUUGGUGUAUUAUACAGCCAAUGGUAGCACAUCUUUCCCACUGCAACCUUGAAUUGCUUCACCAUUACUCUAAUUUAGACAUGUCUGUGUGUGUGUGUGUACGUGAGUACUCUCAAAUAUAUUUCAAAUUGCAUUGGUACUUCAGCCUACAGACACCAUUAAGAUUGGGGUUUACAAAUGUGUCACAAACAACGUAGGAUGUGCCACUUUCAGAUGAGUGGGCUGGGACUAUAUAUUUACCUGGAAUUUGCUUUGGCAUCUCUUACCACCUCUGUCACCAUCGCAAGCAGUUAACCAAUGUUUUCUGUUUGGUAGAAAGCUGAGUGGUGGGGCUGGGAAAGGAUGUAUGUAAUGUAACCACUCUCAAAUUCACUACCAUGUGAGAGUUUCACUACCUUGUGAGUGGAACAACUACAGAUCCACAGUAAUGACCAUAUUUCAAUCAAUGGUAUGAAAAUUAUUUUGGAAAGCUCAACCCCUGACCUUAAUGGGUGAUUUAGCGAGAUAGAGAACUUAUCAAAAUGCUGUUUUUUACCGAGAGUCAAGUGUGGUCUUGGUGCUGUUUCCUCCUCUGUGUGAUUUCCGGUUUAGUCAAUGUUUCACAUCCAACAGACACAGCAAUAGUUUCUUGUGUUUCUUUCUUCUUAUACGGGUCAUUUGUUAUUUUCAGGAGUGUGACAUUCAUUUCCAUUUUGGUCAUUUAGUUUAUACCAGAGUGAUUUACAGUCAGUGCAUUCAGAUAAGGUAGGUAAAACAACUACAUAUCACAGUUAUUGCAAGUAAAAUCUUCCUAAAAAGCAGCAGUUAUUAGCGAAAUUGGCGGUGGUGCUAUUAAGUGCAAUAACAACAAGUACAACAGUUAUGUGUUAAUUUAGGGUACCACACAACAUUCAUUCUAUUUUGCUUUAUUUUUGUAUAUUUUGUUGUUGUAUUGGUUUUGUGCCAUACUGUCUGUAGAAAUUACAGUGAAUGGACGAUAUAGCCUAAUAUUCAAUCCCAAACGGUGUUCUGUACGAAACGAACUGCCACGUGUGACGUCAAUGACACUAUUAAUCCCAACUAAUCUUCAAUCUUAACAUAGGCCGUCCGAAGCAGAACCGCAAAGCAUUGGACCCGCAAAGCAUUGUUCUUAUUAACUGACUUACCUAGUUAAAUAAAGUGAAAAAUAUAUAUAUAUAUGCUUAGGACGGUUGGCAGGACCAUAAAAUCAAUAGCUCUCACAAUGUUCUCUUGUAUAAUCUUUCUUUGCGUAAAUAACAAGGCUAAUAAGGCUCAAAUUCACUACCAUGUGAGAGUUUCACUACCUUGUGAGUGGAACAACUACAGAUCCACAGUAAUGACCAUAUUUCAAUCAAUGGUAUGAAAAUUAUUUUGGAAAGCUCAACCCCUGACCUUAAUGGGUGAUUUAGCAAGAUAGAGAACUUAUCAAAAAUGCUGUUUUUUGCAGAGAGUCAAGUGUGGUCUUGGUGCUGUUUCCUCCUCUGUGUGAUUUCCGGUUUAGUCAAUGUUUCACAUCCAACAGACACAGCAAUAGUUUCUUGUGUUUCUUUCUUCUUAUACGGGUCAUUUGUUAUUUUCAGGAGUGUGACAUUCAUUUCCAUUUUGGUCAUUUAGUUUAUACCAGAGUGAUUUACAGUCAGUGCAUUCAGAUAAGGUUUAAGGGUCUCUUUGAUGCCAGCAUUUGCCCUCAAGAAGGACGGCCGCACCACCUUUCUUUUCAAGUGAGGACAGCACAACAAGGACCUGAGCCCUAGGACCAUGCCCCAGGACUACCUGACAUGAUGACUCCUUGCUGUCCCCAGUCCACCUGGCCAUGCUGCUGUUCCAGUUUCAACUGACCUGAGCCCUAGGACCAUGCCCCAGGACUACCUGACAUGAUGACUCCUUGCUGUCCCCAGUCCACCUGGCCAUGCUGCUGCUCCAGUUUCAACUUCCACCUGACUGUGCUGCUGCUCCAGUUUCAACUGUUCUGCCUUAUUAUUAUUCGACCAUGCUGGUCAUUUAUGAACAUUUGAACAUCUUGGCCAUGUUCUGUUAUAAUCUCCACCCGGCACAGCCAGAAGAGGACUGGCCACCCCACAUAGCCUGGUUCCUCUCUAGGUUUCUUCCUAGGUUUUGGCCUUUCUAGGGAGUUUUUCCUAGCCACCGUGCUUCUACACCUGCAUUGCUUGCUGUUUGGGGUUUUAGGCUGGGUUUCUGUACAGCACUUUGAGAUAUCAGCUAUAAAUUUGAUUGAUUGAUUGAUUGAUUGGUUGUACCUGCACCAAAACUCCAGUAUUUUUCCUUCAUAGCUUGUUCUCCAUCUUCUUUUUAAAUAAGGAGCCAAUUUGUUUUCAGCACUUUUAUUUCCAUGAUUGACCAAAACAUUUUAUUAUGGCUCUCUCAUGUCCCAAUAUGUUUGUACUAUGGUAUCUCAAUAAAAUCACAUUAUUUAAUGGCGAGGCAUGUAGAAUCGCAAUACAUAUCGUAUCGGCACCUAAGUAUUGUGAUAAUAUUGUAUUGUGAGGACCCUGGCAAUUCCUAGCUUGUGUGUGUGUGUGUGAGAGAGAGCUUUUGUGUGUGUGUGUGUAGACCAACCUAUGAGGGGAGGGAGGAAAAGGGCAGUUGUUACAGCUGACUGGUGGCUAGCUGAUUAGGCGAUCUAUUAAAUGGGAUGUUCCUCUCUCUCUCUCUCUCUCUCUCUCACUCACUCACUCACUCACUCACUCACUCACUCACUCACUCACUCACUCACUCACUCACUCACUCACUCACUCACUCAGGGUGAAACCAUCACCACAAACACUCCAGACAUGAGAAGGAGCAGGUGAAGAUGUCCCUGAAGAACACCAAAACAUGGUCCAGAGUACUUGUACCUGUGCUGCUGCUGUGCUGUGUGUCCUACUACUAUUCACAUUUCUUCCUUCAGAGUGUGAGCAGGAACACUCAACUUUUCUUGAAGCUGGAGGAUUUCUUCUGGCGACGCUACUUGUCCACGUUAGCCUUGCCUUAUGGUGUUAAGGGCAGUGAGCUUUUUCUCAUGAAAGCAUUGGCAGCCAUGGCUAGCUAUGACAUGCCUGAGACGAUAAAACAUUUGCCUUGCAAAACCUGCAUGGUGGUUGGAAAUGGGUUCGCGAUCAAGAACACCUCGUUAGGAAGUGCCAUUAACAAGUAUGACAUAGUGAUCAGAUUGAACGAUGCACCAGUUCGGGGGUAUGAGGCCGACGUGGGGAACAAGACUACCAUGCGCCUCUUCUACCCUGAGUCGGCUUCCUACAACCCCAGCAUCCACAAUGACCCUGACACCCUCAUGGUCCUCGUGCCUUUCAAGCAGCAGGACGUGCGCUGGCUCAAAGAGAUCCUGUACAAUGAGAAGAGGAUCAGAAAGGGCUUCUGGAAACCCCCUCCUGAGAUCUGGUUGGGUAAAACCAGCCACAUCCGCAUCCUGGACCCCUACUUCCUGCAGCAAACUGCCAGCCGCCUGCUCCGCUUGCCUCUCAACACACCUCCAAAGACCAACCAGAUCCCAGCGCACCCUACAACUGGCAUUCUGGCCAUCUACGUGGCCCUUAACUACUGUGACGUGAUCCACAUCGCUGGAUUUGGCUACCCAGAGUCUAAAGACCUGAAGCACCCCAUUCACUACUAUGGCUAUGACACCAUGAAGUCUAUGAAGAAUUCGUACCACAACCUCUCCCAUGAGGUGAAAGCUCUGAAGCGACUAGAGGACUCUGGUGCUGUUGUAUACCUACACCCUCACUCCUGACCAAUGCAACACUAAGAGUAGUGCACAAGUGAAUGAUACAAUUGUAUAUAAUAUAUUAUAAACUGGGUGGUUCGAGCCCUGAAUGCUGAUUGGCUGACAGCUGUGGAAUAAAAUUAGCAUACAUUUCCAUAUGGGUGGCCCCAGCGGGAAUCAAACACACAAUCCAGACUAAUGUACCAACUGAGCUACACAGGACCACAGUGAAGGAAGAUAGUUGGGACACUGAAAAAGGACUAUCCUUUCCUACACACCUUUAUCACAAUCUGAUAAACAUCCAGUGUGUUUUAGGGAUUAACAUGGGUAUCCGGGAUCUUGGGACUGUCCCAGGAGCACUCUUCACACAGUAGCGGUGGGUGGGGAAAAUCACUGGGGGAGCCAAGGCAGGAGAAAAAAGCCAUAUUACAACCUACAGUUGAAGUCGGAACUUUACAUACACCUUAGCCAAAUACAUUUAAACUCAGUUUUUCACAAUUCCUGAGAUUUAAUCAGAGUAAAAAUCCCCUGCUUUAGGUCAGUUAGGAUCACCACUUCAUUUUAAGAAUGUGAAAUGUCAGAAUAAUAGUAGAGAGAAUGAUUUAUUUCAGCUUUUAUUUCUUUCAUCACAUUCCAAGUGGGUCAGAAGUUUACAUACGCUCAAUUAGUACUUGGUAGCAUUGCCUUUAAAUUGUUUAACUUGGGUCAAACGUUUUGGGUAGCCUUCCACAAUCUUCCCACAAUAAGUUGGGUGAAUCUUGGCCCAUUCCUCCUGACAGAGCUGGUGUAACUGAGUCAGGUUUGUAGGCCUCCUUGCUCACACACGCUUUUUCAGUUCUGCCCACAAAUUUUCUAUAGGAUUGAGGUCAGGGCUUUGUGAUGGCCACUCCAAUACCGUGACUUUGUUGUCCUUAAGCCAUUUUGCCACAACUUUGGAAGUAUGCUUGGGGUCAUUGUCCAUUUGGAAGAUCCAUUUGCGACCAAGCUUUAACUUGGUCACAUAUGAAGGCACUGAUCUCUUGAGAUGUUGCUUCAAUAUAUCCACAAUUUUCUCCCCUCAUGAUGCUAUCUAUUUUGUGAAGUGCACCAGUCCCUCCUGCAGCAAAGCACCCCCCUAACAUGAUACUGCCACCCUUGUGCUUCACGGUUGGGAUGGUGUUCUUCGGCUUGCAAGCCUCCCCCCUUUUCCUUCAAACAUAACGAUGGUCAUUAUGGCCAAACAGUUCUAUUUUUGUUUCAUCAGACCAGAGGACAUUUCUCCAAAAAGAACAGUCUUUGUCCCCAUGUGCAGUUGCAAACUGUAGCUUUCUUAUAGCGGUUUUGGAGCAGUGGCUUCUUCCUUGCUGAGCAGCCUUUCACGUUAUGUCGAUAUAGGACUCGUUUUACUGUGGAUAUAGAUACUUUUGUACCUGUUUCCUCCAGCAUCUUCACAAGGUCCUUGGCUGUUGUUCUGGGAUUGAUUUGCACUUUUCGCACCAAAGUACAUUAAUCUCAAGGAGACAGAACGCGUCUCCUUCCUGUGAGGUAUGGCGGCUGCGUGGUCCCACGGUGUUCAUACUUGCAUACUAUUGCUUGUACAGUUGAACGUGGUACCUUCAGGCGUUUGGAAAUUGCUCCCAAGGAUGAACCAGACUUGUGGAGGUCUACAAUUUAUUUUCUGAGCACUUGGCUGAUUUCUUUUGAUUUUCCCAUGAUGUCAAGCAAAGAGGCACUGAGGUGAAGGUAGGUCUUGAAAUACAUCCACAGGUACACCUCCAAUUGACUCAAAUGAUGUCAAUUAGCCUAUCAGAAGCUUCUAAAGCCAUGACAUAAUUUUCUGCAAUUUUCCAAGCUGUUUAAAGGCACAGUCAACUUAGUGUUUUUAAACUUCUGACCCACUGGAAUUGUGAUACAAUGAAUUAUAAGUGAAAUAAUCUGUCUGUAAACGAUUGUUGGAAAAAUUACUUGUGUCAUGCACAAAGUAGAUUUCCUAACCGACUUGCCAAAACUAUAGUUUGUGAGAAAAAUUUUUUGUGGAGUGGUUGAAAAACGAGUUUUAAUGACUCCAACCUAAGUGUAUGUAACUUCCGACUUGUGUGUUGUUGUAAUUGCGGUGUUGUCUCUAUAAAGUGUUAGUUCAUUUGCCUUGCCACUGUGAUAUAUAAGCCUAAGGCCGAGACAAUAAGAAGACACAGUGGCAGAAUAAAUUCAACCACAUUUUUUUUCAUCACAAAACCAGAGAGCAACAUCUGUCCGGUGAAGUCCACAAAGCAUAUUGCAUGUAACAAACCAUUACAUGACCUACAGCAUGGUCAGGCAAGUUAAUGCUUCCAACAUCAAUCAAGCUAUUGAUUUAGAACACCGGAGAGUUAACGCAAGUUGCAAAGAAACAGGAGCUGCCUCCACCAUUCCAGGACCAUUUUAACUUCAACAUCGUCAAAUCACCUCUGCUUAGUCUAAUACAGUGCCAACUAAAAGAUUCCAAAAACGAUUUAGUCCAAUCAACAUAAGAUAAAUAUCAUGUGGUUGUCCAUGGUACUGAUUUUUGUGUGUGUGUGUAAGUUGAAAAAACAUGUUGACUCACCCUACUUGAAGAAAAAUGCCAAUCCCAUCCUCCUCUCUUCAUGUUGUCUUACAGUACUUACUUUUAGUUUUGUUAUCCUAGGCUACCUGGCUAAAAUGCUUGCUCGCUAGCCUAACUUCCGUUCAUGGGCAACGAUUAGCCAGCUAAUUAACAUUUGCCUACCUAGCUACAUAUUGAACUUCCAUCCUCUCAGGCCAGAUGCACAAUGUAUGAACUUAUGGUUGGAUCAGAUUCAUCUUCAUAAUCAUUGGCCAGUACUAAAAUGACUAGAACAUUAAUAUCUUAUAUUCUGAUAACAUGGCAACCAUUUUCUGUGUAUGUUUGAUGGGAUGUUGAUGGAAUAUUUACCUAACCCACAAAAAACUGGACACAUUCAUGUUUUUGCCAUGUUCUCAUAAAACUGCUACAGAUUUCCAACACAUUCCUCCCUAUCCUGUAGGUGACCUUUGCACAUAGCAUCUUAUUGCUUUUCACUCUGGAAACCUUUGUCCUAUUUUGAAAUUAAAGAACAUUUAUUUAGGCCUGGAUUCAAUCCCUAUCGCUGGAGAUCCGUGUUAAAAUGUAAAGGUAGACUAAGUUCCGAUUGAGCCGACAUAUAUGCAGCUUUUACCGUGAAUGCAGUCUCCCGGACCACAGAAACAUUGCCUUUAAUUCUUAAUCACUAUAAAGCGGAUUUUCAGCUCUACAGAUUGAAUAGAGCCGUUAAUUCAUUAAUUCACAUGGUAGGGUAUAGAGUAGGGAAAUUAUGUGACAAUAUAAGAUAUUAAUUUUAGAAAAUACACAAUAGCUGUGAAAAGUGGCUGUCACAUUGAUGACACUGACUGGAAGUUAGUAGUGCCACCAGACCUGAUUCGAGGUGGACCUUUUUGGCUGUGGUGGUUGCCAGAUAUUUGGCACUACAGCAGGGCGUGUUGGUCUCAUAGAUGCUGUGGAAGCUGUUGUAGUUCACCUCAUAGAAGCCCUUAUCCAGGGAGAGGACUGGUGUGAAGCGAAACCCCUACAGCACCUCAGUGUCCAAAUAGGAGCUUCGAGCUUGACACAUCAUUCCUGUAAAAGAUUGGAGAGGUUCAUUAGAUUCCUUUUUUUUGCACUUCAAAAGCAUACAAAAAACAUCUUAAAGACAAACACAAACAAUGCCUGCAUCUCAUCUGCUCAUACCCGCAUGCUCACACCCCCAACCUUAGUGCCUGCAUCUCAUCUGCUCAUACCCGCAUGCUCACACCCCCAACCUUAGUGCCUGCAUCUCAUCUGCUCAUACCCGCAUGCUCACACCCCCAACCUUAGUGCCUGCAUUAAUGUUUGCCGCUUUGCCUUAAAUUGUACCAAUUUGUUUUUUCUCGGUUGCCCAUCCUAUUUCAUUAAUAAAACAUUCGAUUUUUCCAUUGUGU